AUGUGGCGCUGCGCGGGCGGCGCUGGUGAAGCGCAGAAGGCUGAGACCAAAGAGGAGUUUGUGAAAGUUAGCAGGAGGGAUUUGGAAAGGCUGACAACUGAGGUUAUGCAACUGAGGGAUUUCUUACCCAAAAUAAUCAAUGGAGAUAUCCUGGGUACAUUCCAGAAACUGGAUGCUAUUGAAUCAAACCUGGAGAAAAAGGAGGAAGAAGUAGAGCAGUUGAAAAUGGAUUGUGAACACUUAAGAGCCCGUCUGGAAACAGCCCAGGCAGAUUGCAUGAGAGAGAGGAAGGAGAAACUAGACCUGCGCCAGCAGCUGAAUGAGGCCAAGCAGCAGCUCCUGCAGCAGGCAGAGUAUUGCACAGAGAUGGGAGCAGCAGCCUGCACCUUGCUGUGGGCUCUAUCCAGCAAUGAGGAAGCUGUUAAAACCAUUCUAGGAGGAACUAAAGCAGCAGAGUUUUUCACAAUCGCUGCCCAGACCAUGGAGAGCUUUGUGAAGUCAUUAAGUGAAGACAUGAAACAGCAGGAUUUGGAUUCUGAGGAAAAUCAGUUUGUGUUAGCUUUGGCAGGGAUUGUAACAAAUGUGGCUGCUCUGGCGUGUGGCCGUGAGUUCCUGGUUAGCUCGAGUCGGGAAUUACUGGACACGAUGGUGCACCUCCUGGGAGAGGUGAAGCCAGGACUCUGUAACAAAUUCAAAGUGCUAAUGCUGAUGUCACUUUACAAUGUGAGUAUCAACCUGAAAGGCUUGAAGUACAUCAGUGAACGUCCAGGGUUUAUUCCUUUGCUUUGGUGGCUGUUGAAUGACCCAGAUGCAGAGGUUUGUCUCCACACCCUGCGGCUGCUGCAGUCGGUGGUCCUGGAGCCCGAGGUGCUGGCCAGGGCAGCGCCGGAGCUGCGCGACACUCUGCCCAUCCCACGCAUCCUCGCCCUGGCCGAGAGCCGCAAUGCAGAUCUGCAAGCACUUGCAAAAGAACUACUUGAAGAUCUUAAAAUAUUUGAGUAUGAAGCAUAG